CUCCAUGGAUUGUUUUCCCAAAAAGAAAAAGUUACCUUUCUUAAAUUCAUUAUGCUCCCUUGAAUAAAUAUUCCGAAUGAAUUCUUCGUUCUUCGAAUUACCAUCUGCAAAUCACUGAAGCUUUUCUGCAUAGAAAUGUGGGUUCACAGACAAAAUGAUCUACCUUUCUUCAAAUCUACGAUAGAGAAUGCGCCAAUCGUCAAAGCCAUCAAGGACAACUGUAAAAAAUAAAUCUAAUCCCAAAUCCAAAUGUGAAACUGUCAGCAACUCAAAAAGUUGCGGUCAUUGUACUCUAUGUUUGAAAAAACUGCAUCUGCCUUUCUGUUCUUCCUCCUCUCCUUUUCUCUCUCCUUGUCCACUUAACAUCAGUUCUCGACAGAGAAAUACAUUAGCUGACAAAAAAGAUACACAGGGCUUCCACCGACUUUUAGAAACAAAGACAUGGGUUUCUCUCAAUGAGCACCAAGGAGCAGGAAUUUCAGAGCAAGACUGAGUUUUGACCCAAGAUCACAAAUGGGUUUGAUUCAGUUUCUCGUCUCUCUGUUUAUUUUGCUCGCAUUUUCUCUCCCACCACAUGUUCGUGGAAACGCGGAGCUUGAAGCUCUGAUGAAGUUGAAGUCCUCUCUGGACCCGGAAGACAGGCUUUUGAAGUCAUGGACCAAAGAAGGGGACCCUUGUAGUGGCUUGUUCGAAGGCGUAGCGUGCAAUGAGCACCGCAAAGUUGCCAAUAUUUCCUUGCAGGGGAAGGGUCUCUAUGGUGAGGUCUCACCAGCAGUGGCUGAGCUCAAAUGCUUGUCGGGUCUGUAUCUGCACUACAACAACUUGUCAGGAGAGAUUCCCAAAGAGAUUUCGUAUCUCACCGAACUCAAUGAUCUCUAUCUCAACGUCAAUAAUCUCUCUGGGGGCAUACCUUCUGAGAUUGGGGACAUGACUAGUCUUCAAGUUUUACAGCUGUGUUGUAACCAGCUGACGGGAAAUAUACCUACACAGAUGGGAUUUUUAAAGAGGCUAAGUGUUCUUGCUUUGCAGCACAACAAGCUAACUGGUCAAAUUCCUGCAAGCUUGGGGGACUUGAGGAUGCUUAAAAGGCUUGAUUUGAGCUUCAAUAAGUUCUUCGGUACAAUUCCUGCAAAACUAGCCAGUGUUCCAUCUUUGGAAGUCCUAGAUAUUCAAAGCAAUUCUUUGUCUGGAGUUGCCCCUCUUGAUUUGAAAAGAUUAAAAGAAAGAUUCCAGUGCAAGAACAACCCACACCUAUGUGGAGUUGGGUUUUCUACAUUGAGAGCUUGCACAGCUUUUGACAUGGACAAGGUGAAUGUCGACGGACUACCACUUGGACCACACAUAACUGAUUCUCCUCCAAAAGCCAACCCUAAGCCUGCAGAUUUCAAAGCACCUUGCAGCCAGACCCAUUGCACAAAGUCGACCAAACUUCCACAAGCUGCAGUUGUUGCAGGAGUUAUUUCCCUCUCUGUUACUUUGGGGGCGGCAGUAUUUCUGGCCCUUAUCCGUUACAGGCGUCACAAACAAAAGGUUAGCAAUACAUCAGAUCCUUCUGAUGGUCGGCUUAGUACUGAUCAGGCCAAGGAUUUCUAUAGGAAAACUGCGUCUCCACUUGUGAGUCUUGAGUACUCUAAUGGAUGGGAUCCAUUGGCUGAUGGUCGAAAUGGCAUUGCUUUCUCCCAGGAGUAUCUGAGUAAGUAUUGGUUCAACAUGGAAGAUGUAGAGUCUGCAACACAGUACUUCUCUGAGGUGAAUUUAUUGGGGAGGAGCAAGUUCUGUUCUGUUUACAAAGGAGUUCUAAGAGAUGGUUCUCUUGUGGCUGUUAGGAUUAUUAAUGUGACCAGCUGCAAGUCUGAAGAAGCUGAAUUUGUGAAGGGACUAGACUUAUUAUUUUCACUGAGGCAUGAAAAUGUUGUCAAGCUGAAAGGCUUCUGCUGCUCUAGGGGCAGGGGUGAAUGUUUUCUUAUCUAUGAUUUCAUUCCCAUGGGAAACCUCUCUCAGUAUCUUGAUGUAGAAGAUGAAAGGAACCAAGUCCUUGAGUGGUCCAAUAGAGUCUCUAUCGUCAACGGCAUUGCAAAAGGUAUUGGGUAUUUACAUAGCAGUGAGACAGACAAACCUGCCAUAAUUCACCAAAACAUAUCUGUUGAGAAGGUUCUCAUUGAUCACCAUUUUAACCCAUAUAUUUCGGACCCUGGCCUUCCUAAGCUGCUAGCUGAUGAUGUUGUCUUCUCCACUCUGAAAAUAAGUGCUGCCAUGGGAUACCUAGCUCCUGAAUACAUCACUACUGGUCGUUUCACUGAGAAAAGUGAUGUAUAUGCAUUUGGAGUCAUUGUCCUCCAAGUUUUAUCCGGAAAACUACAACUCAGUAGUUCAAUGCGAUUGGCUGCAGAAGCAUGCAGAUACGAAGAAUUUAUCGAUACCAACCUGAAAGGGAAAUUCUCAGAAUCUGAAGCAGCUGCACUGGCAAAAAUCGCGCUUGUAUGCACCCACGAGCUUCCCGACCACAGGCCAACAAUGCAGGAAGUAAUUCUGGAGCUGAGUAACCUUAGAGCCAAUUCCUGAUGCCCCACUUCUAAGUUCCAUAUGUGGAAGAAACUGCUGCAGAUUAUGACCUGGGAAGUGAGGCCUCGAUCGAGCUUCACCUGUCAAAGUACAGCUGAAUGAGCAUGUGAACGUUUUAUCAGCUUCCUCUAAAUUGAAUAUGGUGGAAAGUAAAUUUCUGGGGUACAAGUCUUCCCUGCAAUUAUCGUAAACUAUAUUUAGAUAUGUGAAAAGCCGGCACCAGCCAUCUUGGAGAUGGUCCAGAGAAUAAGAUUAGUUAUUACAUCUGUGAAACAUCUUUCCCUUAGUUUCUCAUACAUUUUAGGGAUGUCUCUGCAUCUGUUAGCCCUCGUGUCUGAUGCUGAUUGCACGAUUAGUCAUGUAUAAUUUGUUUAGUUAGACGAUAACAAAUAUAAGCUGCUUAAGCUACUAAUUAUGCAAUGGAUUGUCAUGCUUAAUUAUGC